ACAAAAGUGGGUCAGCUGGCCAGUGGAGUUUUAUUUUGGUCUGUCGGUCCUCUGACACCCUCCAACAGCUGUUGUGAACGUGUGUGAGCACAUGUGUAUUUGUGUGUACUGUAUGUUCCCGUUCUUCUGAUCGCUCAACCUUGCCUGGGACCAUGACUCUGCAGUGGUCGGCCGUGGCGUUCUUCCUCUACGCUGAGGUCGCCGUCAACCUCAUAUUAUGCAUCCCGUUCAUAUCGGCGCGGAGAUGGCGUUUGCUUUUCAGCUGGAGAUUAUGGAACUGGUUAUCUCCAUAUUGGAACAAAUGCUUCUUUACUAUGAUUAUGGUCCUGAUUGUUCUUUUUCUUGAUGCUGUCCGUGAGGUGCAGAAGUACUCGGGUCCUGAGCCCACGCAGGACGCCAACGUGAACCCCACUUUGUACGACCACAUCCACAUGAAGCUGUUCAGAGCCCAGAGGAACCUCUACUUAUCAGGCUUCUCCCUCUUUCUUUGGCUCAUCACGCGUCGAGUCGUCACCCUGCUGAACCAGGUUGCCGCCGCCUCGGAGAACAGUGCGGCUCUUCAGGAGCAGGUGGAGCGUGCCAUAACGGAGGCCAGGCGGCACCAGGACGACAACCGGAGGCUCAAAGAAACCGUCGUAGAAGAAGAAAAAUCCAUGUCAGCUAAAAACCACCAGCUGAAGCUGGAGGUUGAAAAGCUGGCAGGAGAUUUGCAGACGGCAGAGAAGGAUUUGCACCAGUCUCACGCUGAAGUGGAGGCGAUGAAGAGACAGAGUAAAGGUCUGGCACAAGAGUACGACAGGCUCCUGAGGGAACAUCACCAACUUCAGAAUCUCCAGUGUAGCAACAAUAAAAAGGAGCAGUAACCCCAUCAAUACAGAGACACUAGUUAUACUGGAGGUUCCGUCAGUGUGAGCAGAACUCACCACGUCUGCAUGACCUUCUACAACCUCAUCUACGUAAUAGAGUUUAAGCAAAGGCACAAUUUUAUUUAUAUAAUUAAACAAACAAAUGAUGAAAAAAAUAUUAUGUACUUGUUAUUGUGUCAAUUUGUAUUUUAAUGAAAUAAAGAAAACACUAGUGUUGACUGCUGAA